UUUCGUAGGAGACCGGAAGUGUAGUUGCAGACAGAUAGGGUCCGGAAGUGGGGACUGCCUCUGUAAGUAAUAGCAGUCAAUGGUCCUGUGUUGUUCUUGUUGUUAUUUUUUAGUUUUCUAGAACUCCACAGCGCGCAGAUUUUUCUCGGCUUGGAUUCCUUCUGUGUGUGAUCAGAAAUGGAGAGAAAAGUAAGCAGAAUCUACCUUGCUUCUGAACCUGAUGUAGUUCAUUUUCUACAAGUUGCUUGGGAGAAAACACUAGGAUCGGGUUUUGUUAUUACACUUACUGAUGGUCAGUCAGCAUGGAUCGGCACAGUUCGUGAAUCAAAGAUUUCCCAAGAAGCAGAUGACAUGGCGAUGGAAAAAGAGAAAUAUGUUGAUGAACUGAGAAAAGCAUUGGUGUCAGGAGCAGGACCAGCUGACACAUACAAGUUUAAUUUUUCUAAGGAUUCCUGUCAUUUCUCCUUUGAUAAAAACCUGAAAGAUGUUUCAUUUGAACUUGGUUCCUUCAACCUAGAGAAAGUUGCAGACCCGGCUGAGGUCAUUAGAAAACUUAUUUGUGACUGCCUGGACACCAUUGCAGAAAACCAAGCCAAAAAUGAGCACCUGCAGAGAGAAAAUGAAAGGCUUCUGAGAGAUUGGAAUGAUGUUCAAGGACGAUUUGAAAAAUGUGUGAGUGCUAAGGAAGCUGUGGAGACUGACCUUUAUAAACGGUUUGUUCUGGUGCUGAAUGAGAAGAAAGCAAAGAUCAGAAGCUUACAUAAAUUGUUAAAUGAAGUUCAAGAACCAGAAAAGAACAUGGAGCAUGAAAGGGAAACUGCAACACGUUCCGAAGUGACUGCUGACAGAGAUGCAGUCUAUGAUGAGAGCACUGAUGAAGAAAGUGGAACCCCACCGAAUCCCUCCGUGUUAGCUCCAGCUACUUUAAGAAGAGAUGAUUCUAUUAUUUCAAGUCCGGAUGUCACUGAUAUUGCGCCAAGUAGAAAGAGGAGGCAGCGGAUGCAAAAAAAUUGUGGGACAGAACCUAAAAUGGCUUCUCAGGAGCAUCAGCUUCAAGAAAAGGAAAAGCUUGAUCCUCUACUACCUGAGAUGAUGAAAAAGGAUCACAGCCCAGCUGAAAACAUGUCUUUAGAAACUCUAAGAAACAGUAGUCCAGGAGACCUCUUUGAUGAGAUUUGAGUGUCUCAAAAAAAAAAUACUUUGAUGUUCACCAGACUAUGUUUUCUAUUCAUUUCCUUAAACUGGAAAAGCAAAAUUUCAACGGAGAAGCAGCUAUUGCUGCACCUUACAAUUUAAUUACAUACACACUGAGUUGAAAUCAUUGUGCAAAAUGGAUUACACAUGCAUGUGAAGAUAUGAUUUGAUGACAAUGGUACAUUAUUCUAAACUAUUCAUUCAGCUUGCCUAUAAUUACAUAAAAUCUCAGACUUUUUGUUGCAAAGUUCACAUUUACCUUAUUCAGUCCCCAUGUAUUAUGUAUGUGGUUGCUGUCUAAUGUCCUGUCUAGGAAGAUUUUGGAAAUAGGACAAAGAAAUGUCUGUGAGUUCUUUUUUGAGUAGUCAUAUUCUGAACAAUGAUACUGGAGCAUUUUAAUUUGUGGCAUGAUGUAUAAAAUCUAUUUUUAGUUUGUAUACAAACAACCUGAAAAUCUGAUGAUAAAAUUUUUGAUGCAUUGAAGAUUUUGUGUUCUUAAUAAAAUAGUUUAACUUUU